AUGAGCCAGGAGACUGUUUUCACCGGCAAGCGCGUUCUUCUCAACUCGACAUCCGAGGUCGGCCCCGCCACCAUCUACGUCGAUGGCGCGGGCAAGGUGGCUCGCAUCGAGGCCGAGUACAGGCCCACUGGUGCUACCCUUGACGCCGGCGACAAGCUGCUGAUGCCCGGAAUCGUCGACGGCCACUGGGAGGGAGUCGUCACCGCCUCGCAUGCUGCCGCUGCCGGUGGAGUCACGACCAUCGUCGACAUGCCGCUGAACUGCAUUCCGUCGACCGUCACCGUUGAUGCAUACGAGCAGAAGCGCGACAGCUUCAAGGACGGCAUGUGGGUUGACGUCGGCACAUGGGGUGGGGUUGUUCCAGGCAACGCCCAGGACCUGGUCCCGAUGCUGGCGGCUGGUGCCCGCGGCUUCAAAUGCUUCCUGUGCGAUUCUGGCGUUGCCGAGUUCCCACCACUCAAGAAGGAGAGCGGGCUGAUCAUGUUCCACGCCGAGAUGGAGACCGGCGCGACUGUCAACGAGGAGCAGGACCCGACUGCGUAUAAGACCUUCUUGGACUCACGCCCGCCCAACAUGGAGGUCAAGGCCAUUGAUCUUGUCAUCAAGAUGUGCCGCGAGUUUGCUCCCCACGUUCCCUGCCACAUCGUCCACCUGUCGGCUGCCGAUGCGCUGCCGGCGAUCCGCGCCGCGAAGGCCGAGGGCCUGCCUCUGACAGUUGAGACAUGCUUCCACUACCUGACCAUCAGCGCCGAAGAUGUGCCGGCCAAGAGCACCGAGUACAAGUGCUGUCCGCCCAUCCGCAGCCAGGCGAACCGCGACAAACUCUGGGAGGCAGUCCUGGACGGAACCAUUGACUUUGUUGUCUCGGACCACUCGCCCUGCACCCCCGAUCUCAAGCUUCACCCGUGCUGCGGCGGCCACAUCUCGCAGGGCUCCGUCGAGGGCGACUUUGUCAAGGCCUGGGGCGGCAUCGCCUCGGUUGGCAUUGGUCUGCCGCUGUUGUGGACUGAGGGCCAGCGUCGCGGCCUGAAGGUCCAGGAUGUCGUGCGGCUGAUCUCGGAGCGCACUGCUAUCCACUCGGGUCUCAAGGACCGCAAGGGCCAGAUUGCUGUCGGCCUGGACGCUGAUUUCGUCGUCUGGAACCCCGAGGAGACCAACAGCAUCACCAAGGACAAGCUGCACUUCCGCAACAAGCUCACUCCGUACCAGGAGCGCGAGUGCCAGGGAUUGGUCCACCAGACCAUAGUCCGCGGCAACGUCGUCUACGAUAUCUCCAAGACCGAGGACAACGCCGACUGGGAGGACAAGUUCUCAAAGAAGCCGCUCGGCAAGUGGGUCGACGGUGCCAUCACUGCGCGCUACUAA